CCGCCUGGUAAGCCGUCUCUUGCCCUUUGGGAGGGGCUCAGCCCUUCAGCAGCCCAGUGGCCUAACCAAAGCCGUGCCCCUAUUUCCAGGGAAGGGGAAGAGUGGCAGAAGAUCCGCAGCAUUCUUGGCAAGCACAUGUUGAAACCCAAGGAGGUGGAGGCCUAUGCGGGCACACUGAACGAGGUGGUCAGGCGAUCUGCAUUAAUGGCCGGCUUGGAGCAAUUCAACGGAAUUUUCACGCAGCAGCAAAUGAAGGUCAAAGACGUAUGGCCAGGCGAGUUCUACAAGUUUGGACUAGAAGGCAUCUCUUCGGUCCUCUUUGAAUCCCGCAUCGGUUGCCUGGAGCCUAAAGUGCCCAAGGAGACGGAGACGUUCAUUAGUUCCAUCAACACCAUGUUCGUCAUGACCCUGCUCACUAUGGCGAUGCCCAAGAUCUUGCACCGUAUCUUUCCGAAGCCCUGGCAGAAAUUCUGCGAGUCCUGGGACUACAUGUUUGCAUUUGCUAAGGGACAUAUUGACAAGAGGAUGGCUGAAGUUUCAGAGAGAAUCUCACGUGGGGAGAAGGUAGAAGGAAAAUAUUUGACUUACUACUUGGCGCAGGAGAAAUUGUCCAUCAAAUCCAUCUAUGGAAAUGUGACUGAGCUUCUUCUGGCUGGCGUGGACACAAUCUCAAGCACUUUGUCCUGGAGCCUGUAUGAACUGUCCCGACACCCUGAGGUGCAGGCAGACCUCUACAAGGAAAUUAUGGCGACAAUGAAGGGCAACCCCAUCCCCGCGGCUGCUGACGUGGCCAAAAUGCCCUUGUUGAAGGCCGUGAUGAAGGAAACACUGAGGAUGUACCCGGUGAUUCCCGGCAAUGCACGCGUCAUCUCGGACAGGGAUAUCCAAGUGGGAGACUAUCUCAUCCCCAAAAAAACGUUGAUCAGCCUCUGCCAGUACGCCACCUCUCGUGAUGAGAAAUACUUCUCUAAUCCCAACACCUUCCAGCCGGAGCGAUGGCUGCACAAGGAAGACUCGCAUCACCCUUAUGCCUCCAUCCCCUUUGGCUUUGGAAAGCGCAGCUGCGUGGGCCGGCGCAUUGCGGAGCUGGAGGUGUAUCUGGCUCUGGCCAGGAUCUUGAUGCGUUUUGAAGUCAAGCCAGCACAAGAAGGACACACCGUGAAACCCAUGACACGCACCCUCUUGGUCCCUGAGAAGGAGAUCAGUCUCCAGUUUCUGAGCCGUUAGUGGGGUUCUUGAAGCAGAAUUGCUGAUCCAAGCUUCCCCAACAAGCCACGAAAGAGCACAAGGCUAAGAGGAGAAACUGUCUAGCAGGCUGGAGUGAAUCUGACCUUCUGAAUGUCUGGCUGGGCACUCCCAGACUGACUGGAGGGGGUGCAGAAUCUGUGAUAAGGAGAAGGAGAGUCCAACCUUGUUCUACUGACUAGCUUGUGCUCAACGGGUAACCAAGGUCAUCUGUAACAUGUCACACUUAGAUAGGUCUCAAGAUCUAGUUCUGUGUCCUUCUUUGCUAAGGAGGACUCCUUUGGGGCCAGAGUUUUCCCACUGUAGACACUCACAUAUAAGUGGAAGAGCAAUGCCAGCAAAAUCAGGAUCUUCUGUCUUUGGUAUUCCCAGGAUUUUUCAAAGUUAGUUUCAGGACUGAGGAAUAGACCAUGGCAAUUGUGUGCAUUUGUGCACUGCACUGAAGCUGUAAAGGUGAUGGCAAGCAUGAACUGACUUAUUCAUUUUCAACACUCCAUCAAGCUAUGACUUGCAAACUCCCUUUCGAUGAUGGCAGUCUUGUCUUUCAGCUGUGAGUUACUGAAUGAUAUUGUGCGGUGCCCAACAAUAUGUUUCCUGGUUCCUGCUUGGUCCAUCAUCAAAUAUCUCUGCUCUAAAGCAAGGAGCCAAUCCUGGGUUUCUUCCACCUCAUUAGAGCUGCAUGGUGCUUCAGAAGACCAUAGACAGCAUCAGCUUAGGGUCUGCCAUAAGUGCCUAUAUAGAAAUUAGUCAUAGGAGGAGGAUUAGUUUGAAAUUUCCCACCAUUUUGUAAUUCCGUCAGAUGUCAGCCAUUUUGUGAUUUGUGUCUGCCUUCUAUGGCAGCCAUUUUGUGGUGGUGCCCAUUACCCUUUCUCAAAAAAUCCCUAAAGUGCUGAUAGGCUCAAUGAGGCUGAGGGUUAGGGUUGCCAGCUUUUAGAACUGGUUCCUCUAGCUGUCCCUUUAAUAUCAGUUUGAUCUGCAAGAAAUUGUCAGCUGAUGUGACUUACCUCCAUGCAGGGGUGGGAUUCAAAUAAUUUAACAACCGGUUCCAGUGGUGGGAUUCAAAUAAUUUAACAACUGGUGGUUUACAAGCACCAUUUUAACAACCGGUUCUGCCCAAGUGGGGCAAACCUGCUGAAUCCCACCACUGCCUCCAUGCCAUGAUAAAGUUCAAGUGCCCAUUUGUACACAUUAAAUGUCUAUUAAAGGGACAGAACGUUUCUUUUCCUGGCCAGUUGGCAACCUUAGUGAGUAGCCCUGCAUACUGGAUGCAAGGUUAGAAGAACGUCAACAUGCAAACCUCUAUAAACCUGAUUUGCUUUGUACAGGAACAAAACAAGCAUGUCUAGAAGACUUAUAUAGCCACACUUUCAGGUUUAGAGAACCUGGUGAAAUGCCAAACUCCCUUUCCUCUCUUGCGCUUGAAACAAGACCUGGCUCAGUACCUGGGCUCCUCUUGGCAUCAUAAACAAAAUCUCUAAUUCAGUCCUCAGCAGCUCCAGCAAAAGAUUAUCGAACAACUGGUACUGCUAGAAAUCCCAUACUUGACUACAACCCCUGUCAGUCAAAGUAGAGACAAAACAGAGAUAGUGGACUUGGUAUAUGAGAACUUGAUAUAUUUAACUCCCUCCACCCAUUGAUUCACAGUUGAGAAUGUAGUUAGACACGCAUACCCUGUGUGAGAAUGUGCAAUUACUCUUUUUAUACAUAUGUGCCAAGGUUUUGUAUUAUUAAUAUUAUGCUAAUAAUCAUUCCUAUUUAAUACAUAUUUAUAUUCUCUAGCCUAUAAUUUAUAAAAGUUAGUUCUGGAAGAUGGCAGAAGCCAUUAACAUGAUUAAUUAUUUUUACAAAGUAUAUUAUACUUUUCAGUAUUGGAAACAGCUGCUGUAAUCAAAAACGUUCACUUCCUGCUGUUUUGUUGGUGCUAUGUUUAAAUGUUAUUUAUUAUCCCUGAAUAAUAAAUAUGGACUAUUUUUUACAAAAAAAAAA